GCAUGCAACAGCGUCUGAUUUAAAACCGAUUGUUUUCGCUCCGAAAGUUGUAUUUGCCUUUGAAGACAAUUGACACGCCACUGUUUUAAUUUAUUUUUAAUAUGUCAAUAUUCUUUCAUUGAUUUAGUGUAACUUUGCAUCACGAAAGCGCUUCAAAUUGAUUGUUUGUUAUUUUCUUAGAAGAUGAUGUUGACAGUGGCGUGCUUCUCAUAACUAUUUCCCCCCGUUUUUAAAAACGCUUUAACAAGUGCAGAAAUAUUUUCUGUGACUACACAAUAACAUAGCGCACAUGUAAGUGUCAGUCGGAUUGUAGCAGUCUGCUGUUUCUGUCACAGAAAGUCGAUAUGGCUCAGGAUUUCCUCCCAGGCAUGGAGAGCUCCGCAAUCUCUGUCUUGAAGAGAGCCGUGGAGCUUGAUCACAGCUCACGCUUUCAGGAGGCUCUGGUGUGCUACCAGGAAGGAAUCCAGCUCCUGUUGGAUGUACUGAAAGCUGUAAAAGAUGAUUCAAAGAAGGCUCACUACAGAGAGAAGAUCAAGGGCUACAUGGACCGAGCAGAACAGAUCAAACACCAUGUAAACAAACUGAAAGAAGAGGGUAAAUACCAUGAGCAGAUAAGGAUAGCUGACAGUUCCACUGGUUUCAGCUAUGAAUCUCUCUUCAAACCCUACAUCAGAGACGGACUGACUGAAGUCUGGGUGGAGGACCCUUAUGUACGGCAUGUCCAUCAGUUGUAUAAUUUCCUUCGUUUCUGUGAGAUGCUGCUAAAAUCCCAGUGUAAUGUAGAGACGAUUCACCUUCUGACCUCACAGGAUGAGGAGAGCUCUUCUCAGCAAACCAGUGCCCUGGCAGAAUUAAAGCAGUCGCUACGGAGUCAAAAUAUCUGUUUGGACAUUCAGUACUCAUCUACUAUUCAUGAUAGGGAGAUCAGGUUUAAUAAUGGCUGGAUUAUUAAGAUCGGCAGAGGACUUGAUUAUUUCAAAAAAACCCAAGGGUCGCUUCUCUGUAGGAUACUGCGAUUACGAUUUGAGAGAGUGUCAUGAGACUACUGUGGACAUUUUUCACACCAAACACACUAAGAAGACAUAAUCUUAAAGACUUGCUUUGAAAGCUUCUCCACUAAUGUUCAUGGGAAAUAAAUUAAAAUGCAAUCCUCAUUCCUCACAUACCAACACAGAGACUGAAAAUGUGCCUUCUGAUCUCAUUUACAGCUUUUAAAUAAUGCACACUGAUUUUAUUGGCUGUUUUAAAACGUUGUGAUAUUCAGUUGUCUAUCUGCUCUUUACCACUACAUCUAUUCUGCUUUUUUAAAACAAUUUAUGCACUAGUAUAUGAUGGGGUUAAACUGAUAUGUAUUUAUCAUAUGUUCUCCUUCUGUAAUUAUGAUAAAAACCGAAGUACAUUUGUAAAUAAGUUAGUAGUCUGUAAAUAUGUGCCCUUGAUAAAAACGUUUUGUAAAGGGGUGUUUUUACUGACUCUGCUCAUAUCAAUAAAGUAUAUAUUCUAUGCAA